AUGAAGGAGAAAUCCAAAACUGCCGCAAGGACUAGACGGGAAAAGGAGAACAGUGAAUUUUAUGAACUUGCCAAAAUGUUGCCCUUGCCGUCGGCUAUCACCUCACAGCUGGACAAAGCCUCCAUCAUACGACUGACCACAAGCUACCUGAAGAUGAGAAUUGUCUUCCCCCAGGGUCUGGGCGAGGCUUGGGGUCAUGCGAGUCGAACAAGAUCCUUAGACAAUGUUGGGCGAGAGCUGGGAUCCCAUCUCCUGCAGACGCUGGACGGAUUCAUCUUUGUUGUGGCUCCAGAUGGGAAGAUCAUGUACAUCUCAGAGACAGCGUCGGUCCACUUAGGACUGUCUCAGGUAGAGUUGACUGGGAACAGUAUUUAUGAGUACGUCCAUCCCGCCGACCACGACGAGAUGACGGCAGUCUUGACGCCACACCAGCCCUAUCACUCCCAUUUUGUCCAAGAGUAUGAAAUGGAGCGCUCUUUCUUCUUGAGGAUGAAAUGUGUGCUGGCGAAAAGAAACGCUGGCCUCACCAGCGGUGGAUAUAAGGUGAUCCACUGCAGCGGCUACCUGAAGAUUCGUCAGUACAGUCUGGAUAUGUCACCUUUCGAGGGCUGCUACCAGAAUGUGGGUCUGGUGGCUGUGGGUCACUCUCUGCCUCCCAGUGCCGUGACCGAAAUCAAACUACACAGCAACAUGUUCAUGUUCAGAGCCAGCCUGGACAUGAAGCUCAUCUUCCUCGACUCCAGGGUAGCAGAGCUGACAGGUUACGAGCCCCAGGACCUGAUAGAGAAAACUCUGUACCACCACGUCCACAGCUGUGACAUCUUCCACCUCCGCUGUGCGCACCACCUCUUGCUGGUGAAGGGCCAAGUCACCACUAAGUAUUAUCGCUUCCUAGCCAAGCAUGGCGGCUGGGUCUGGGUCCAGAGCUACGCCACAAUUGUUCACAACAGCCGAUCAUCCAGACCACACUGUAUUGUCAGCGUCAACUACGUUCUCACGGACACUGAGUACAAGGGAAUGCAGCUGUCCUUGGACCAAAUGAGCCCCAGCAAGCCGGCCUUCCCCUACGCCAGCGCUCACACUGAGGACAGGAAGAGCACCAAGUCACGUCUGACCCAAGCCAAGGCUAAAGCCAGGGUGUCGCCCUACCCUCAGUUUUCAGCUUUCAACCCCGAGCGCUCCGAAUCAGACCAAGACAGCCAGUGGGGAGGGAGCCCGCUGACAGACUCCGCCUCCCCCCAGCUGUUGGACCCUGGAGAGGCUACUGAGGCAUCCUGUGCGUAUCGGCUGUAUCCAGACUCAGGGUCCCUGUGCUACGGCCUGGGCCUGUCCGAGGAAGAUCUCGCCCACGCCCAAGCACACCCUCACACCACCACCUGCGACCGCGUUCGAUGCCAGGGGGGCCGCUACUUCCUGGGAACCCCCCAGUCAGGGCGGGAGGCGUGGUGGGAUGCUACACGCUCAGUGCUCUCCCUGCCAAAAUCCUCAGUGGAGAACAGCGAGGGCUACGAAAUCACAUCCUACCAUGGUGCCAUUCACGGGCGGGGUCACUGGGAUGAGGAAAGUGUGGUGAGCUCACCCGAUGGAGGCGGGUCCACCAGUGAUUCAGGAGAGCGUUACCAUGGUGACCACUUCCGAGCUAGCCCCCAAGAGCCCAGCAAGAUGGAGACACUGAUCCGUGCCACGCAACAGAUGAUCAAAGAGGAGGAGAACCGUCUGCAGCAACACAAGGGACCGCUGGACGUCACUGGCCUCACCAAGGCUCACAGCCCCUGCUUCACAACUUCCUUGCCCCACCACCCACAGCUCACCAUGCCUAGUGUGGUGUGUCGUGGCCCGGGAGCCCCCAGCAUCGACCUUACCUCAGAACGCCUCCAUCACCGGGACAGCAGCAAACCGCUGGGCCCCCACGACAACGACGAAAACACAACCAGUCCAGCUUCUCUGUCUCGUCUCAGCAGCCCCAGCUCCGACGGGAUCCCCAGGUCAGGCCUCUCCCUCACCAAAGACUACAUACAGACAGACCUUUCCCCCCACCCUCCACAGACCCAGGGGAGCCCGCUGCUCUACGCCGCUCAGGAGAGGCAGCCUUUGGACAGGCAGGCAGCCUAUGCUUUGACUGGCUACUCCCUAGAGCACCUGUAUGACCCUGAGAGCCUGCGGAACUACUCCGGCCUGGGCUGCGGGGGGGUCCAGUACGACAUGGCCGCGCACAUGAGGAUGCAGGCCGACCAGAUGCAGGGACACAAGGCCACAUCUGUUAUCAUCACAAAUGGGAGCUGA